CCCCCACACGAAGUCUGUUAUCUACAUCAGAGAUUGCCUCAAUUUGAUUGCCUCUGGCGGUCGUGACUGGACUCUCGUGCACAGGACUGCGUAACCACACUAAGUCCUAUACUCACUCGACACCUGCAGCGUAUCGAUCCCUACGCAGCGGCUUUCAUUCUUGUAACGGCGGGCUGUAUCGGAUAAUCCCACGCGUCGCGUGAACCAAACUCCACCUUCUCACUUAACAAUUGCCCUAGCAUUUGCCUAUUGAACCUUGAGGGCCUCAUAUGUCUGGACCAACAUCGAACCCAGAUUGGAACACCAACACCGCCGGUAGUCCCGCAUAUGGCACGUUCCCUCGACCACGAUUGACCUCAAACCUCAGCAGUCGCGAUAGCGUUGAAAGCAAUGCUGUGCAUAGCAAUGGCGGCGAUGUCUCCCCCAAGCGAAGGCCUUCGCUAGAACAGCGUAAAUCUUCAAGACACAUAGAGUUCCGGAACCACCUUAGGCGACCUCAUCUUACUGAGACUCAAAGGACCUUAAGCGAUGCUUUACGUGCGGCAAAGAGCCGUGAAGAGCAAGAAACUCUGCUACCUGAUGAGGACCACGCGGGUUCUGAUGGCUGCUUCAACGGAACUGGUGCGCCAGUAGGCCCAAGGGAGGUGUUUGCGCCUUAUCCACAUUCAGAAUUGAAGGUGUAUUACAACAUCCACCGUAUCCGGCGCCUCAUACUGGCGGUCAUAGAGGACCCGUACUCCAUCGAACAGCUAAGAGAACCACGCAUGAACGUGUUAAUCGUCAAACCUCUCGUCGACCGACUCUAUGACGAGACCGACAUCUCUAUUGUUUACAGUCUGCUCGUAAAUCGUAUGCAAUUCUUACGAGAGCAGCAAUUUCAGCAACACCAUCAAACUGUCGACUUGACCAGGGCAAACUUGUGCGAACUUGUUGCCAUGAAGGUCUUGCGUCGUCACGAUGAGGAUGGAACGGGGAAGUCAGGGCUUUUGCUACUGGCACAUGUUCUCGUUGCGCCUUUCUGGCCUUUUCAAGGCGCACCAGAUGAUGUCACUCCACCACGUCACUUCUCGGAGUACCAGGGUCAAGGCGACUACGAGGGCAAGUUGACAGCUCUCGAAGUUGCUAUUGUCUCCGAAAGCAAGGUUCUUCUCAGUAGCUCGGCAAGCCAGAAGGUCAUCGAUGCUGUGUACCGUGGACGUAUCGUGUACACACCAACGACUUUCAUCGAUAUCAUCCCGGAUCACUACAAGCACAAGCCGAUCUCGCUGUACGAUCCACGCAAAGCGCCAUUGCUGAACCAAUACCGUCUUAUGGUGCCACGGACGCGUAACGUCAUCGAGGUCGCCCAGUUCGUGAUCCUUCUCGCACUCUACUGCUGGUGUAUGCACGAACGCGUCGAUCACACACUCACAACAGCUGAAGUUGUCUUCCUGCUGUAUGGAGGCGGCUGGGUGCUCGAUGAGCUGGUAUCUUGUCUCGAGCAUGGAUGGGAAGUUCAUACCCAAGAGCUCUGGGCGUUCCUCGAUGUGACCUUCGCUGGAAUUUACAUCAUUUACUUCUGGAUGCGUGUUCAUGGAUGGGCACUUGGAAACGAUGAGACGGGUCGACAGGCUCUCGACGUUCUAGCGAUAGCAUCGCCCAUUCUGUUCCCGAGGAUCGCGUUCAACCUGAUGCCAGAGAACAUGCUUUUCAUCUCGUUACGAGCCAUGGUCAAGGAGUUUACCGCUCUCAGUCUGAUCGCAUUUUGGUGCUUCGGUGGUUUCUUGCUCGCGCUGAAGUGGCUCAGCAACAGCAAUCCCGCUACCGACGCCGACGCACCAAAUGUGAUCACCAUCUCUAAGUGGAUGCUUUGGAUAUGGUUUGGACUGGACGGCACCGGUAUCGAUGAAGCACCCACAUUCCACGAGAUCCUCGGUCCGGUGUUGAUGGUCAUCUACGCAUUCAUCGGCAACACGCUCUUUUUGACUGUUUUGGUGUCAAUUCUCUCCAACACAUUCUCAAAGAUUGCCGCCGACUCGACAGCGGAGAUCCAGUUCCGACGUGCGGUCAUGACAUUCGAAGGUGUCAAGUCUGACACGCUGUUCGCUUACCGUCCGCCUUUCAAUCUUCUUGCCUUUGUUAUUUUGCUGCCACUUAAGUUCAUAUUGACGCCACGCUGGUUCCACAAGAUCAACAUCACAGCAAUCCGUGUCCUCAACGCCCCUUUCCUACUUGCAAUCGCGUGGCACGAGCGUCGUACUUUAUGGAAAUCAACGCGCAGACGCAGCAUCAGUGGCCCAGGGCCUACGAAGCGCUCGAAAUGGCUGUUUGAUGGCGGUUUCUGGAGCUGGAGCAAGAUGAGCCCACAUGCUGAUCUCCAGGCUGUCUUCGAAGAGGAGGCACCCAGAGAGGUUAUCGAGAGAAUUGAGGAGGAAGACGACCUGGAAGACGCCAUCCUUGAGAACAGUUUCGCUUAUGGUCCUGGAGGCGCCGAUCGGAGAAGCAUCAGUCCGGGUAGUGUCUUGACGAGGCGAAGACGAUUGAGCAGUGCAUGGCCAGGACCCGUUCCAUAGGAUGUUUUUGGGUGGUGUUGAUAUGCAGGUUAGGCGAGAACACGCUAUAUGUUGUCGAGGAAGUGAAAUCACCUAGCCUUUGUGAAAUGUCUCUCAAACUCAAACAGGAUCCAUCAUGAAUCUUGCC